GGAAGAAGAAGAACAACGUUAAUAACGAAGAAGAGGUAAUUAAGGAAGUUGUACCUGUAGUAGUGGUAGAAGAUGACGAGGAGGAGAAUGCUGUGAAGAAAACGACGUCGUUUAGGACUGGUGAAGCAGAGGAGGAUAAGGAUAGGAAGAAGGAAGUAGAGGAAGAAGAAAAAAAGCAGCAAAUGGAUGAGUACGGUAGUGGCGGCGGUGGAAGCGGCGGUGAUAAGGGUUUGGGAGCUGAGGAAGAAGGUAGCACUGCUCCCCUUCCUGAAAGGGUCCAGGUUGGUGGAUCACCAGCUUAUAGGAUUGACAAAAAGCUUGGUAAAGGAGGAUUUGGUCAGGUGUAUGUAGGUCGUCGGGUAAAUCCAUCACAUCCACACGAAAGAACUGGCGCGGGAGCUGUAGAGGUUGCCUUGAAAUUUGAGCAUAGAAGUAGCAAAGGUUGUAACUAUGGACCACCUUAUGAGUGGCAGGUCUACAAUGCCCUUGGUGGUAGUCAUGGGAUACCACGUGUCCAUUACAAGGGACGACAAGGUGAUUACUACAUUAUGGUUAUGGAUAUGCUUGGUCCUAGUUUGUGGGAUGUCUGGAACAAUAAUUCUCAUGCGAUGUCUAUUGAAAUGGUAGCAUGCAUUGCCAUUGAAGCAAUAUCCAUACUUGAGAAGUUGCACUCUAGAGGGUAUGUGCACGGAGAUGUGAAACCUGAAAACUUUCUUCUUGGGACUCCUGGAACUCCUGACGAGAAAAAGCUUUUUCUGGUUGACCUUGGAUUAGCAACAAGGUGGCGCGAUACUUCAACUGGUUCUCAUGUUGAGUAUGACCAAAGGCCUGAUGUCUUUAGGGGAACUGUAAGGUAUGCUAGUGUGCACGCUCACCUCGGAAGAACUGGAAGCCGGAGGGAUGACCUAGAAUCGCUGGCUUACACUCUCAUCUUUCUUCUCCGAGGCCGGCUGCCUUGGCAGGGAUAUCAGGGUGAGAAUAAAGGUUUCCUUGUCUGUAAGAAAAAGAUGGCGACUUCUCCAGAUACACUUUGCUGCUUCUGCCCUGCUCCAUUUAGGCAGUUUGUGGAAUAUGUUGUGAACUUGAAGUUUGACGAGGAACCUAAUUAUGCGAAAUAUAUCUCACUGUUUGACGGAAUAGUAGGUCCAAAUCCAGACAUCAGGCCAAUCAACACUGAUGGUGCACAGAAGCUUAUAUAUCAAGUUGGACAAAAGAGAGGAAGGCUUACAAUGGAAGAAGAUGCCGAUGAACAACCAAAGAAGAAAGUACGAAUGGGAAUGCCUGCAACGCAAUGGAUUAGUGUCUACAAUGCUCGUCGCCCAAUGAAGCAAAGGUAUCAUUAUAACGUUGCUGAUACGAGGUUGGCUCAGCACGUUGAGAAAGGAAAUGAUGAUGGACUAUUCAUUAGCAGUGUGGCAUCCUGUUCAAACUUGUGGGCCCUAAUUAUGGAUGCAGGGACUGGGUUCACUGCUCAAGUUUAUGAGUUGUCACCUCUUUUUCUUCACAAGGAGUGGAUCAUGGAGCAAUGGGAGAAGAAUUAUUAUAUUAGUGCAAUAGCAGGAGCAAAUAAUGGGAGCUCUUUAGUAGUUAUGUCAAAGGGUACUCAGUAUCUGCAGCAGUCCUACAAAGUCAGCGAGUCAUUUCCUUUCAAGUGGAUAAACAAAAAAUGGAGAGAGGGGUUCUAUGUCACGGCAAUGGCAACUGCAGGAAGUAGAUGGGCAAUUGUUAUGUCACGUGGGGCUGGGUUCUCUGAUCAGGUGGUGGAAUUAGAUUUUCUCUAUCCUAGUGAAGGGAUUCAUAGGAGGUGGGAUGCUGGUUACCGUAUCACGUCCACUGCAGCCACGUGGGAUCAAACUGCUCUUGUUCUAAGUGUUCCGAGAAGGAAGCCUGCGGAUGAAACACAAGAGACACUUCGUACUUCUGCCUUUCCUAGCACUCAUGUCAAGGAGAAGUGGGCCAAGAACCUUUACAUUGCAUCUGUUUGUUAUGGGCGAACUGUUUCUUGAGGCACUUUGGUUGGGAAUUUUCUUGGGUAUCAUAAAAGGUGCAUGAAAUGUACAUUCAUGCCAUAAAUCAAAUUGUGAGCUGCAAAGAAGGGGGUAAGCUUAGCCGGCCGAAUUUCAGCCAAGAUGAAAUGUGUAAGUUUUUGUUUUCACUGCGAUGAGAGUGGCACAAGUUUUCCCUCUUUUGUUAUUUAACACUUUAAAAGUAUGUUAGUUGUCCUUACCUACAUAUAAUGUGGGUUGUGGGGGGUUGUUGGACUGAUAAAUAGAAGUGUGCUGAUUAUUCUGUUAAAAGGUCUUUUACUUGUAUCUUUCACGCUGUUUUCCUCAAGUAUGUCAUAUCCAGAUGUCCUUUCAGGGCUAAUUGGUGUUGUCAGCUGACAUGUUUUGAUUUUCCUCGUGUGGUUCCUUGAUGGUAAGUUCCAAUAGUUUCUUUCCUCUUGUAAUUUAUUGUUUGCCACAAUUGUCCGCAGGAUUUAGAUCAUAAGUUGGGACCAAUGGCCUUAGGCAAGAUCGAAUUUCCGGAUAACAUUGAUCUUAUGGUAUUCAUGGCUAUGUAAAUCUUGUUGGUAUUAUAUGGCCAAGAUCUAUGGAGAAGAAAGAUCUGCUAAAUUUAUGUAGAAAUAGCUCAAUGGCAUUAAGAGGUAUAUGUUGGGCUCCAUGGGAUGGAUCUUUUCAAAAGAUCAUAUGGUGCUAGAAAAUGUAGAGAACUCCAGCUCGUGAAGUAUAACUGUGUAUUGAUUAAUUCAAGUUCGUAAAUUUUGGAACAGAAAGAAGCUGAUCCUUUUGUCAUCUCUUAUUGCAACUGCUCCUUAUGGUUCAAACUUAUUUCCUGUAUUAUGUGUUUUAUCACUUUAUGUAUUUUGGCACCUCAUGUGGUUUGAAAUUAAUUGCUGUGGUGAUUUCUAGGAUGUUGGAAUCAAGUGCAUUUAUCAAGACCAAAUUCCAGCAGGCCUUUAAUUUUUGGCAAAAAGUUGGAGCUGAGGUAGGUUUUGGUGUGUGUUGGAAGGAUCUCAUGAAAGAAUUCAAUCAAACCGGUGAAGUAUGUAAAAAUUUUGGGUUUCCAUGAAUGCAAAUGACAAUUUAUCACAUUCUUCCCGAGUCUUCUAAGAGAACUCAGUAGAUUGUGACCUUUGAGUGGUUUGAUUUGACCUGCCUAUUUGAGUUGGUAUACCUCCCUGCGCUUCCAAUAUUGUACUGGUGAGUUGAACUCCAAUUGCCUUCUGGAAAUUGUUAUGGCUUGAUAUAGGAAGGCAGCAACCCUCCAUGCGGAUUGUCUUUUACUUGUCUUCUUGUGUAUAACUUCUCUUUCUUGCAUGACCAACUAUAUCGAUGUUCGUUUUUAUGGUUAAGCGCUGAUCUUUUCCAUGUACGUCGGAUAGUGGCAAGCUGUUAGUACUGAUAUCAGAGGGUUGGCUUCGUGCUGUAUCAAGCUGAUGCGUGAUGAGACGCUGGAAUGGACCCAAACUCUAUUUGCCUUAUGCUGAUAUUGUUACUGUCUUGUGGUUGGAGAAUUCGAGAUUUAAAUUGUGAUUUGCAGUUUACAAAGCUCUACAAAUAUAGCACAUUUGCCUGAGUUUUAGCGUUCUCGAAUAAUUCGAAGUGCAAUUUACACCUAAUCUAUUAACUUCUAAAAUGUAGAAAGAAACUUUUAGCAGAUCAGGAAACGGACUUCA